AUGGCUGAAAGAAGAUUAUUUAAAGAAUAUAAGCAAUGCAAAAAAACUCCGCCAAGUUUAUCCAAUCCACAAAUCAUCUCAUUAGCACCAGUAAAUGAAGAAAAUAUAUUUGUAUGGCAUUCGACAAUAGCCAAGCCAGAUAAAGCUGCUAAUGAAUAUUACUAUGGAGGACAGUGGGAUUUAAGUAUAACCGUGAGUCCUCAAUAUCCAAUGGAACCACCAGUUAUUAAAUUCAUCACGCCAAUUAUUCAUCCAAAUAUUAAUGCAACUACGGGAGAAAUAUGUUUAGAUAUUUUAAAGAAAGAAUCUUGGUCACCUGCUUGGAAUUUACAAUAUUUGAUUACUGCAAUUUUAAUGUUAUUGGAUUCUCCAGAACCUGAUUCUCCAUUAAAUAUAGAUGCAGCAAAUCUAUAUCGUCAUGAUACUGUUGCAUUUGAGAGUUUGAUACAGUUUAGUCUUUGGAAAUAUAAUUCAUUUUAUAGAGGAAAUAACCCAGCUACUGCUGCAGGUUCUGGUAAUGUGGACACCGCCACAACUACUUCUACGGUCAAAGCUACGAAAUUAAGUCGAGAUAUUAGCGGCUCAAAGAACUUAACUAUGGUAAAUUAG